CGCUUUCCUUCGUCGGCGUCAAGCGCAGAAAAGAGCCAGCGCCGCCGGGGAGAGGGAGAGCGGCGAGGAGGGGCGCUUUUUGCGAGUGGCGAAACUUUAUGUUGGUUUCCUCCGAAAGGACAGCGCUGGCGGCGGUGGAUUGAGGCGUCCACGAUGGGGAUGGUUCCGUGAAAACGAGCGUGCUUCGGUGGACCGUUUUUUGGAUUACUACGCGACUACUCACUGGGCGACGCGUCUUCCGUCUCUCGGCGCAGUGUGUGCUCGUGUGCUGCAGCAGUGGUGCUCUCGGCGGCGCGCGAGUGUGUGUGUGCGUGUGGUGUGUGCCCCAAGUGUUGUUGGCCCGGGCUGAAUGGUGCCCCGUUGUCUCCAUGGUGGUGGCCCGCAGUGACGGCGCAGCGGCAGCGGGGAUGGACACGCCGGACGACCCCGUCCUGCUCGCCAAGCAGUCCGACUGGAACAAGGCCAGCCAGCUCUUCCACCUGGACAGCAUCCGCGUCAAGCGCGAGCAGCAGCAACAACAGCAGCAAGGGGGCGUGGUGGCCGGUGCCGGUGCUGGCGCGAAAGGUGGCAAUGCUACAUAUGGCAGGCUCGUGACACAGGACCUGCUGGCAGCCAUGGCCACGGACCCGCAACACUUGCCCUACAGGUUCAGGGACUCCAGCCAGGCACCCUUGCGGAAACUGAGCGUCGACCUCAUCAAGACCUACAAGCACAUCAACGAGGUGGUCUACUAUGCCAAGAAGAAGCGGCGUGCGCAGCAACCCCAGGGAGAUGACCAGAGCCACAAGAAAGAGCGAAAGCUGUACAAUGAGGGCUUCGAUGAUGAUAACCACGACUACAUCAUCCGCAAUGGGGAGCGAUUCUUGGACCGUUACGAGAUUGACUCCCUCAUCGGCAAGGGCUCCUUCGGUCAGGUGGUAAAGGCAUAUGACCGAGAGGAACAGUGUUUUGUGGCCAUCAAGAUCAUCAAGAACAAGAAGCCGUUCCUAAACCAAGCUCAAAUAGAAGUUAGAUUGUUAGAGAUGAUGAAUAACCACGAGAGCAAUGGCACCUGCUGUCACCUGGGCAAGGACAAAAUAGUGACGUUAAAGGGCCACUUCAUGUGGCGCAACCAUCUCUGCCUGGUGUUUGAGCUUCUCUCGUACAACCUGUACGACCUGCUUCGCAACACCAACUUCAGCGGUGUGUCACUGAACUUGACGCGCAAGUUUGCCCAGCAGAUGUGCACGGCACUGGUGUUUCUCUCCAGUCCGGAACUGAGCAUCAUCCACUGUGACCUCAAGCCCGAGAACAUUCUGUUGUGCAAUCCCAAAAGGAGUGCCAUCAAAAUAGUGGACUUUGGCAGUUCGUGCCAGCUCGGACAGCGCAUAUACCAGUACAUUCAGAGCCGCUUCUACCGGUCGCCCGAGGUGCUCCUCGGCAUACCUUACGACAUGGCCAUCGACAUGUGGAGUCUAGGCUGCAUUUUGGUAGAAAUGCACACGGGCGAGCCACUCUUCAGUGGGGCCAACGAGGUGGACCAGAUGAACAAAAUAGUGGAAGUGCUCGGGAUUCCCCCUAAGUCGCUCCUGGACAAGGCCCACAAGGCACGCAAGUACUUUGAGAAGCUACCUGACGGCAGCUUUGUGCUCAAGAAGACCAAGGACGGCAAGAAGUACCGUCCUCCCGGUACGCGGCGACUGCACGAGGUGCUUGGUGUGGAGACAGGAGGUCCCGGCGGCCGGCGGUUGGCUGAGCCGGGGCACUCCGUUGCCGACUACCUCAAGUUCCGCGACCUGGUGCUUCGCAUGCUCGACUAUGACCCUAAGGGGCGCAUCACACCACAUCAUGCACUGCAGCACUCAUUCUUUCGGCGCACUGCGGACGAAGGCACCAACACAUCAACAUCACCAGCCGCCAUCGAAGGGAGCUCGUCGACAGCUGCAUCGUGUCUCAUGCUGAUGCCACCACAGCAGGCAGCCCUCAACAAUGGAACCUCUUCCGCAUCCUCCUCAUCAGCAUCCUCGGGCGGGAGCUCCUCCUCCUCGUCGGGCAGUCGAACCCGGUCGGACCCCGCAUCGUUGCUGCACUCAUCGCUUCACUGCAUGAUGGUCCCUUCCAAGGCCGUAGCGGCAGCGGCGGUCAGCUCCUCGUCUUCAGAGGCCCGAUGCAGUCGCGGCAUGGUUCGACUGGUGGCAGAGCCACAGCUGCAGCCGCAGCCAGUGCAGCAGCAGCGCCUCAGCCCCAUGGACACUCUGGGCUAUCACCACGGUUACGGGGCCCCGUACGCGAGGGCACCCGAAGACGAGGAUUCGCACAUGGGCCUCUGCCACGACUCGGCACCCGUUGUCUCUCAUUGAUGCGUCCCUCGCCUAGGAGAGAGGAGAGAAGAGGCCACACUCCCCGACCACGACUACUACCGCCAGGAGGGGGGCUGCUGCUUCUAAAAACGCCAGACGACUUGGGCAUUGUUGAAUGUGUGGUGACGAUGCUGGGGCAGGCGGAGCAUGUGAUCUUCUUUGGCAGCCUGGGUUGGAUUGUGGGCUGUAGCGUAUGUGCGGCUGCCUUUGUACUGACCCAACGGAUGAGCAAUGCUGCACGCAACUUCGGCUCGUGUGCAAGCAUGUGUUAGAUUGGACGGGAAGUCAUUUUUAUAGCGCUGAGGGAUUAAGAAGGGAAAAAAAAAAAACGCGGGAAGAAAACAAUGUACAAUGCACUUAUUUUUUCUUUAAUGGUAUGUUGUGUAGUAAGUGGUUGCAACACUUCGAUUGCAACAGCUAGCCAGUCUGCAGUCUUUGAGGCGUUUCUCAAAAAGCCGCAGACUCUGCAUGCACAAGCGAGGCAUUAAAUAGGGGUCCUGGCCGUAGCUGUCUUUUGGAUUUUGACAAAGGCACUCGUCAGCAGCAUUCGCCGUGGUGUUGGCACAAGGGAUGCCAAGCUCAUUUCAUGUGAUGUGGCAGCGAAAGAAGAUUACGUGCCUAGCGCACAUUCACCGACUAAUAAUUUUGCCUCUGGCGCACCUGUGGUAGGUCCCUUUUGACAGGCUUGGCCUGAAAACUCCUUGCGUUCCCACGAGCCGCGAGGGUCUUCUCGUGGCUCGUGUUUUACCGUGGUCACCCACGUAGGCUUUAGCAUUGUACAGUAGCAGCCUCACAAUGCUUCCCGGUGCCUCUUGAGCUUUGACAGCACCGUUAGUGCUCUUGUGCAGUUUUUACCUUUGACACGUGGCAUUCUUUCCACUUAAUACGAGUAUGAAAAUUUUCAAGCAUUUUGGUCCAGGUGUGUCUUGCGAGAGAGGCUUAUUUGAGCCAAUGCAGGGCUCAAAAUUAUGGUAAGGGAGGAAUCUAGCUCCGCGGUACCACCAGAGACGUGAUAGUUCACAUUCAUCCGCCUUUGUUCCUUCUUAUUUAACAACUGACUUUCUCUCAAGAAUCAAAUUUUAGGCACUUCCUUUAUCCCUCCUAAAUCUGAUGAGGUCACAUUGCUAAUGGUACGGUAUCAAAUUAUUCAGUGGCAAGCGGUUUCUUAUAGCGUCUUGCAAUUGCAAGGAAGUAGGCAGGUUCACCAGCCAGCUUGCACACUCUCUUAGAAGCGGCGCUCGUAGGAAAGGGCAACUUUUUGCCGGAGAACUAUACAGCGUUUCCUCAACGCAGCAUCUAGGGGUGUGGCGGACACGGUCGCCGUGCCGUGCGCCGUUAAGGAGACAUUCCUCUCGUUGAAUGUCCUUCAACCGGUUGAGACUGUAGGGUGUCCGCAGUGCAGGAGUACUAGAAUCGUAGCCCCCUUUGUAGCAGUUUGUGGGGUUGGUGGGGAGUGUGGCAGUGUACAUAGCUAGCUGGAAAGGGGAAGGGAUGUUGAUUGUGCAUCGUCACCUGUACAUAGAUAGGGGUGUGCCCCGAUACCCUCUUCUCACUGCCAGACACCUCGAGAGAUAGAGAGAAAAAAAAAAGCUAGAAGGGUGUCAUGGUGAGAGUUGGAGGAAGAAGGGGCCCCGACUGGUUGCUCGUGCCGAGAAUGGAGAGAAAAAAAAAAUAAUUUAUACUACCUGUACAUCACCUGCGCAUCACUUGAGAAGGCGCGCCAUGGUCAAGACAUGCUGUAUCUUACUGUACAUAGCUAUAAAUAUUAUACAUACAUUAUAUAAAUAUAUAAAUAUGCUGUGCGCUACCCUUCCCCCUCUCCCCGUGAAAUUGGCCACCAAAAUGGGAUAAAAUAAAAAUUGCAUAGUGCAUGGAGGCAGGUGGCAGAGCAUGUUGGGAAAAAAAAAUGCCGAGAUAUUUAUUUUGCUUUUUUUCUCAUUUCUUUGCAUCUCACUCUUUUGCUGGCAGUACUGUGCUGGCUUGUUCUUUACUACUUACGAAAAGCCAGAGAAAUUGAAAAAUCGCUUUAUCAGUGCGAGGCUCACGUGGGAUUUUUUUUUUCUUCUUUGACUGUGCCUUCACAACUGUUUUGUUCUUUAGAGAGAAAAACAAAAUUAAAAUUGCUCGUUAGUAUAUUCGGGAGCUCCGGACAACUGCGACGUGCAAUCUGGGUCAAACUACGUAGAAGAAAGAUAGUGACCUUCCCAUUUAAUAAUGCUGACUUCUUUAGGGCAUUUAGGUGGGUUUCUAGGUAAAAUACUGAGUGAAUUCAUGUUUCGUCACUCUUUCUUUUUGCGAGGUUUGGUUGUGGGGUUUCGGAACUGUACACUCGGCAUGUGGAGGUUGUGUGCUUGGAACUGCCUUUCACAGCAAGUACCGAUUCAAGAUGCUAGAAGUACCAUGAGCACAAGCGUGCCGUUUCCCAUAGAUUUCUCACUGCCGUGAAUGGAGGUUGGUUAGCACUAGAAUGAAGAGGAGCCCGACAAAAGAAAAAUUUUUGCUGUAGCAUACCUGUGCACUAACAUUGAAGGCCACCUACCAGGCCUCACUGCAAAUUUUUGUUAUGCACCGGAAAUUGUAAGGCUUCAUCUAAGGGGAGCUCAAACUCGCUGAGGUACUCUUUACAGUAACUGGGAGAUCUACGAGCUUGAAAACGUGACGCGACUCUUUAACCAGCAGAAAGUGGGUAUGACCGACGUAACCUGCAAAAGUAACGUCUUGGCAAGUGGAGUAGCAACAAAAGGCACUGUCAUAAUCUCAUGGGCAAGGGUUUUUGGUAAGAAUUACAAGUCGGGCACCUGUAUGAGGCAUUAGCACUGAGAUGUUUCUGUGCAAACCACACGCUUCCUGCUCAUUCGAGAAGCCAGUUUGGCAAUGUCUGUACGAGAUGACCCAGGUGGCACUUCGAGGGGCCACCGCUGUUUUUUCAUUGUCCCUUUUUUCUGCGAAAUAAUGCAACUGUUCCGUGCAACGAAGAGGAACGGGGGGUGCGAGUGUGUUCUUUGGCUGCAACAGAGGGGGCGACCCCUUUAAUUCUGUGCACCGAAAUCUACGUACUCACGCCUUUUGUUGUUUUGCAUCUUCAAGAGGCCAGUAGUGGUGCAGCCUCUGCUUUUCGAUCCUUCUCUUUCACACAUGCUCGAUCGAUCGCUGACUGACUUCUCUGUCCUACCUGUUGAUUUCAUGCAGUGUAAAUAGUGCCAUUGAUAUAUAUAUAUAUAUAUACAUAUAUAUAUAUAUAAAUAAAUAUACAGAAAUAUAUUGCUGCGUACCGACACAAGACAAGAUGCAUUGCAGAUGCCACCCGGGGGAUUGUGUCGGUUGAUAAAGAGUGUGUGAAGAAUCAACUGCUUGUUUUUCUUCUUUUUUUUUUUCUUCUUUCAUGAGUGGUCCUUGGAGUAAAAGGAUGAUGUUCUGGGCUGUGUUCCGAUUCUCUGUAGCCCUGCAGGCCGGUUAUGUAGACUUGUCACUGGACUGCACCACUCAACGUUGAGCGUAGCUGCCUGUAACAUGGCCAGAAAUGGUGGAUGUCCACAAUAUGCCUUACAAAGCGCUGGUAUGUCUAUUCCCUGAAUUCCAGCACAGGGGGCCCAACCCCCCUCCCCCUUUCGAAAUUCGGAGUGGUGUGUUUGACCGAAGAUGAAUAAUGAAAAUAGGUGUUUUUCUAAAAUAGUCAAGCCCCCGCUCUGAAAAAAAAAUUUACUGGCUACGGGCUGUAAAAGUAGUUUCCGUAGAAGCUUUGCUGUGGAAACAUUUCUCUCUCUGAACAGUUUGUAACUAAUGUAUCGAGCACUCAUUCAGAGUUCUCUUCUUGACGGCUGCCUUGAAAAUGCAGGAAAGCUCUUGCACUCGUUUCAAGAGCGUGCACAUUUUACUUUUGUCAGCUGGGCUUGAUUCAUGCUUUUUUAUUUGCCUCAGUUGCUACGCAGCACACUGUCGUAAUGAAAAGAUUGUAGCGGCCCAUUUUAUACAGGUGUGUUUGGCAAGCUAUGAAUGAAUGCAGUCCACGUGAACUGGCAGGCCCAGAAAAAUUGUCUUGGAUGUAUGUGGCAGAUUCAGUCUCUGAAUAGGAACGCAGCCCAUGAACAAAAAGAAGUUGCAUCUGUUAAAAAUUGUCUCUACAGAUUUGCUUUCGUAAUAUCGUCAUUCGUUUCGCUGGUGUGCUCAUGUGUCGAGAUUUUUUUUUUUUUCGUGUGGAGAGGGAAGCUGUGGUUCCCCGGGGGAGGAAUAAAAACAUCACACCGCCUCUUCCUCAUAUUUUUUCUUUCUAAAAAAAAAAAUCUGCAUCAAUUUUUGAUGCUACACUGCCACGUCAUGUCCUCCCACCGCCAGAGCGGUCGGUGGCUGGGGAAUAACUGUUUUUUCGCUGUAUAACCAUAAGCUCCCCGGGAAUCACGGCCUUUCCCGCGAUACUGCAAUGUUGUCCCCCUUCACACACACAAACACACACACAUUGUGUAUACACACUAUGGCACAUGUUAUCACCAUAACCUUGCAGUUCUUUUUUGUUUUUAUUUCUCUCCGCUGCUGGCCGUACUCUCUCAGAGAAUGUUCCGUUUCCUCGCUUGUUUCCAAUGACAAGGCAGCGUAGAAAGGCUUGCAAGCGCUUGUGUGUGUGCGCGUCUUUGGAAAAAAAAAAAAUGAACCACAAGGAACUUGUUUGUCAACAAAGAAAAAGAUUUUUUAGCAUUUGAAAAAGUGUAGAAAGCAGUAUAGCAGUUUUUUUUUUCUUUUUACCCUCUCGAUGCAAUGUGCGCAAUCCAACCACAACAACCAAGCAGCUUUUUCUCUGUCUUUGGAAAAGCGAAGACUUUUUUUUUUAUUGAACCGGUUUUUCUCCUACUCCUGCAACCAUUGUUUCAUGCAAAUAUUUUUCUUGAGUGUUACAUGCUUUUUGCUCUGAUUUUUUUUUUUUGGCUCCUGUAUUUUUUAGUGUAUGGGAGAAUCUAGUCUAGCAUUGCUUCUUGGAAACCAUUAAAAAAAAAAGCAUAUGGGACAGGGGUUGAUUUUUUAAAGAAAAAAAAAAAACACGAAGGAAAAAAAUUGAUGAGAAAGGCAUAUGAUUGUUUUUGUUCUUUCUUUAUUAAGAGGGGAAGGGGGCGCGCGCGUCCUUGUUCGCGCGCAUAUGACGGCAAGCUCACACACUUUCAAAAGUGAACGACUGCGGGAGACAGAAAGUGACCAAAAAAGGCCCAUGAUUUUUAUUGUGUAUAUAAGUAAAAGAGAGAGAGAGAGAAACAAUGAUAUUGAUGACAAUAAAAGUUAAAACCAGCAUAAA